AUGGCUGUCCAUUCCAGAGACGAAGCCCUGAUGUGCAAGGUUUUCCCAUCCAGUUUAGGACCUGUAGCGAUGAGAUGGUUCGACAAUCUAAGGGCAGAUUCCAUAAGCUCCUUUAAGGAGCUCACCGAGGCGUUUGGUUCUCGAUUCAUCACUUGCAACAGAGUUCCUCGGCCCCUAUCUUCCCUACUAUCCUUAAGUAUGCGAGAGGGAGAGACCCUGAAAAUGUACUUGGAUAGAUACUGGGAGAUGUACAAUAAAAUAGACGGUGACUUUGAAAACAUAGCCAUCAGUACAUUCAAAGUCGGCCUCCUAACCGAGCACGGCUUAAGGAAGUCUUUGACGGGGAAGCCUGUCACCAGUGUGCGCCAGCUUAUGGACAGGAUCAACAAGUACAAGAAGGUUGAGGAAGACCAGCAGCAAGGGAAAUGGAAGGAUAAGGUUAUCCCUCAAGAGAUGAGGGAUUUCAAGUCGGACUGA